UUCAAUAUUCAGCAAGUCCUCUCACAUCUUCAAUUCAUGGAUUGAAAGUUCUGAUUUAUAUGAAAAGGAAGCAGAACCAGAACAUUAAAAAUACAGACAGCUGAAGACCGGUAAGAAAGGAUGGAAAGAAAGAACCUCUUCCUGAGCCUAUUGCUCUGCUACAAUUUGCUCAGAGCUACCAAGUCUCACAUGGUAAUCGAGGAGAAGAUAGAACGCAACCUGUCAAGGAACAACAAAAUGAACCUAUCAGAUCUCCCACCCAUCUCCAUAGUAGACUUAACUAAAAGAUCCCAGAGAGUCAGCAGGAAAGAGGCAGAGAACAAGAAAUCUUCCAAGAAAAAAGCUGAACUGAAGAAACCUCCAAAACCAAGGCCCACACCUGCAGCUGACUGCGUGCCAAACUUCAAAACCUGCAAACCACACUUGAAUUCAUGUUGUAACUACUGUGCCUUGUGCAAAUGCCGAAUAUUUCAGACCAUCUGCCAAUGUCUAACGUUAAACCCAAAGUGCUAAACCAAACCAGGAACACAUUACGGCUUCUGUCUUUCAUUAGCUUCUGAAGUGUAUAUGUCAAACUGUCUAAUGUGCAUAGCAAUUUAAGUAGAGAGCUUUGAUGCUGGUAGGUUGGAUUUGCUCCUCUUCAAUGGACAAUGGUAGUUUUCUUCACGUGGAUAAUUCUGUCAUAAACAAGAUGGGUUUUUAGUGAGCAGACAACCAGGGAGAUAGAUCUUAAACAAGCAUUUUUAGCAAAACUAACCUACAUUUAAGAAGAAUUCUGGGUUCUUGGUUUUGUUUUGUUUUGUUUUGUUUUAGGGUUUUUUGAUUGAUUAGUGGAAUUUUUUGUUUGUUUUUGAAGGGUUCUGUUAACCAAAGAAUUCAGUACAGUCUAACCAGCACUGCAAAACCUGCACCAACAGCACACAAAGAGUCACACUGAAAUAGGACUGGUUAAUCCAGUGAGGGACCAGAGCUUGGGUUUGCCAACACACACACUGUUUGACAGCACAACACUAGCUUCCAACAGAGCCAUAACAAUGCUGAAAAUGCAGGUUUCAGGGUGAACUCCUUCCUUACACAUUGAGCAAAAAUGAGGACUCAAAUCUACACAGGUUACUCUACAUA